ACGUGCUUCCGGCCAGCAUUCGUCGAGAGAGGAACAUUUCUUCCGAAGGAAAGAGGCAAAAGAAACGAAAUCAGCAAGAUCUCUUAACCAACCAAUCAAUCAAUAAAAAAUAUAUAAUUUCACAUGCUCUUGAAUGUUGACAACUACGGGUAUCUGCUACAUUUGUACCACAAAAAAGGUUAACUGUAAACAUUACAUGAGAGACAACUGAAAAAGACUGAACACAAUGGCCCCCAACAGAAAAUCAUAUUCUGCAGAAUUCAAGCUACAAGUUGUGAAUUAUGCGGACCAACUCGGUAAUCGGCCAGCGGGAAGAAUGUUUGGAGUGAGUGAGAAAGGUGUGAGAAUGUGGCGAAAAGCGAAGGUUGCUCUUACUGCAAUGAAGAAAACAAAGAAAGCAAAUCGUGGGCUAAAAGCAAGAUGGCCACAGCUGGAGGAACAAGUUCAUAGAUGGGCGCUUGAACAACGUGCUGGUGGGAGAGACUUGUCAACUACAGAGUUACGUCUCCACGCCCUGGUAGUUGCCAAGGCGAUGAAUAUUACCGACUUUUUGGGAGGAUCCACUUGGUGUUAUCGCUUCAUGCGACGCAAGCGCCUCUUUAUCGAAACACGGACAACGUUGUGCCCAAAUCAGCCGGCAGACUUCCAAGACAAGUUCGACUCUUUCCAUGAGCUCGAUGCAGCCAUUCAGAACAAGAUGAGCAAACAAGUGAUCGUGAGCCCGGACUCAAUCCCAGAUGAGACGAAUGGGUUGGAUUUGCUGACAUGGCUGAAUACUCUUCUGAAAACCAAUUUCCUGGAGAUAGAGCACAUUUCUUCAGGCGCGUGUCACUGCCAGAUCAUGGAUUGCGUCAUCCCAGGCUCAAUCGAAAUUAGCAAGGCGAAGUUUGAUGCACAAUCUGAGUUUGACUGCAAGCACAACUUCAGUCUCCUCCAAGAGGCCUUCACCAAGAAUCACAUCACAAAGAGCAUUCCAGCUGACGAACUCAUUAAAGGGGACUUUGAAAUAAACUUGGAGUUCCUGUCUUGGUUUAAAGCCUUCUACACAGCCAAUGUGACGGACAAAGAAUACGAUGCUGUGACCGCCAGAAACAACUGUGACAUCAGCCUGUAUCCGCCACCUAAACCCACUAAAAAAAGCAUAAGGAAACUGUCCUCUUCCACCGAGGACUGUGAACCCGAGCCGCUAGCCAAUGGCAAGGAGGUAAAGGGAAAGUGCAUCACAGGCAAUGGAGUGAAGAAGAUGCGUCAGCGAAGCUGGCAAGGGCGAACCAGGGUCGGGGACAGGCAGAAGUUCGUACCUAGGAAGAAAAUGAAGCCAAAAACAAAGCAGGACCUGGGAAUUGCAGAUGAUGACUCUCUGUUUGACAGUGAAUGCUCAAUAGAGAGCAAUGGCGGGCACAUGUCAGACAGCCCCGAUAGCCAAACAGUACCGCAAGCUAACACAGUUACGGAACUGAAGGAACAGUAUACAAAGUAUAUAAAGCCAUGCCACGUAGCCCUAACCAAGUUAAAAGACCUGACCAUAAAUGACAGCCUACUUGUAGAGAACGGCGACUCUGACGAAAGGGUGGAAAACACACCAAACAAAUAUACAGCGCACAAAGGACGACGGAAAGCCAAUUACCAGGAUGGGAACGGCUUUUUGACUGGAGAGCUCAUAUGGGGGAAGAUAGAGGGUUUCUCUUGGUGGCCCGGUUUGGUGAUUCCUUGGAAAACCAAAUUUUCACCUCCAGGUGUACGAAGGGUUGAAUGGUUUGGCGAUGGAACCUUCUCAAAGAUUGCGACGGAAGCUUUGAUGCCUUUUCGGAAGUUCACAAAAUGUUUCUGCAAAAACUCAUUUGCCAGCCUGCCCACUUAUAAGGCCGCCAUCUUCCAAGUCAUAGAGCUUGCAAGUGAACGUGCUGAGAAGUCUUUUGAGGAGGCAAAAGGAGGUAAAGAAAAAGAAAUGAAUCUGAUGCUGGACUGGGCAGUGAAAGGAUUUCUACCAUCAGGGCCGCAGGGAUUUGCACCACCUGUUAUUCACGAAGCUGGCCAAUUGUCCAAUUCGGAUUCGGCUCAGUCCGACUACCAGCCACCAGUGAAAAAGAAACAAGCUUAUAAGAGUCGGGCAAGCACCUGCAACUACACCUUCACAAGAGACACUUUAAUUGAGAGGCUUAAAGACAAAGGCACAAAAAUUGAAGAUUGUUGUUUGGCUUGCGGGUCGCCUGACGUUGCUGUGCAGCACCCAUUGUUCGAAGGCGGUCUUUGUUUCAAGUGCAAGGAGAACUUCACAGAAACAUUGUAUCGCUACGACGAAGAUGGCUACCAGUCGUACUGCACCGUGUGCUGUGGCGGGUCAGAGGUCAUUCUUUGUGGCAACGCCAGCUGUUGCAGAUGUUUCUGUAAGGAGUGCGUGGAGAUCCUGGUGGGACGGGGAACCUUUCGUGAGCUGAAGGAUAUUGACCCGUGGAGCUGCUACAUUUGCCAGCCAACGCAGUGCCAGGGCAAGCUCAAACUCAGGCCAGACUGGAGCGUUAAAGUCCAAGACUUCUUUGCUAACAACAGCGCCAUGGAGUUUGAGCCUCACAGAAUUUACCCGGCCAUCCCCGCAGAUAGACGCAAGCCCUUGAAGGUUCUGUCGCUCUUUGAUGGCAUCGCAACAGGAUACCUGGUGCUCAAAGACCUUGGCUUUAAAGUGGAUCGCUACAUUGCCUCCGAGAUUUGUGAGGAUUCCAUCGCGGUGGGUAUGAUCAAGCACGCUGGCAAGAUCGAAUACAUCAACGACGUCCGCACCAUCACAAGGAAACACCUUGCUGAAUGGGGGCCUUUUGACCUGCUGAUUGGAGGAAGUCCUUGCAAUGACCUCUCCAUGGUCAAUCCCCUGCGGAAAGGAUUGUUUGAGGGCACCGGAAGGCUGUUCUUUGAAUUCUACCGUAUUUUGACGCUGCUGAAGCCGAAGGAGGGUGACGACCGGCCUUUCUUCUGGCUCUUCGAAAAUGUGGUCUUCAUGUCCAGCAGAGACAAGACGGACAUCUGCAGAUUCCUAGAGUGCAAUCCAAUCAUCAUCGAUGCCGUAACUGUCAGCCCUGCACAUCGAGCUCGCUACUUCUGGGGAAACCUCCCAGGCAUGAAUAGGCCGGUGGCCGCAUCCCUGGAUCAAAAAGUAAAUCUUCAGGAUUGUUUGGAAGUUGGCCGUGUAGCAAAGCUCGACAAGGUGCGAACCAUCACUACAAAGACCAACUCCAUGGUUCAAGGGAAAGUGGGACUCCCUGUCAUCAUGAACGGCAAAGAUGACUACCUGUGGUGUACCGAAAUGGAGCAGAUUUUUGGCUUCCCUAAACAUUACACAGACGUAAACAACAUGGGCCGCCUGCAACGCCAGAGGGUCCUGGGGCGUUCCUGGAGCGUCGCCGUCAUUCGCCACCUGAUGGCGCCACUCAAAGAUUAUUUUGAAUGUGAAUCGCACCAGCAAAGUUCGUAAGGCCGCAAAUGCAUUAAUGUUUUUAAUGUCACAACUUAUGGUUACUUAGGUUAAAGGGAAGUGUGUAAUAAAAAAACAACAACUUUUUUUGUUAUAUUGCAAAACUGCCGUCGUGGUCUGCCUGUAGUACUUUCCAAUCAGAAACAGAGGGCGUGACUGUGAGCUACCGACCAUUAGAGUAACAUAAGUUUCCCGUUGGUAGUUUAGUAGGGAAGAAUUAUGACAAAAAUAGUUUGUUUUUUACCUUUUUAAAUCGCAAACUCCCAAUUUAAAUGGUGCUACAAUCUACUGUAUGAUGUCACAAACAGCACAACAGACCUACAUUGCAGUCAAGUAUUUUUUAGGCCAUCAGCAGACAGCUUUUAAACAGAGUGAGCACACUGACACACAGUUAAGAUUAUGGCUGCUGCAUAAAAAUGUUUACAAUGCUACGAGCUUGUUUUAAUACCUCAGUGAAAUCUGAGCGUGUCCUCCAGAGGCAGCUGUUACAUUACAAUAUAAGAACUUGCACCUACCAAGAGAACGUUUCUGACCAAAAAGUUACCCUCGGCAGUGAGAGUUACUGAAACGACCAAAAGGUGAUUUCUGCAAACAUUCUGUAUCUUAAUAGUAUGUCAAAUGUCGCUCGCUAGUCUUGCCAAAACAGGAUUUGUUUAUUGGCGCAGGCUGCUGGUUUCUACCUCAAUUCUUCAGUUAUUCUUUAAUUUUGAUAGUUUCUAUUUAACUUAUAAAUAGGAGAAAAGUGUUUUUUUGUUUUUUUUUUAGAUAGCUGACAUCAGUGAUGUCGUAUCAACCAUCGUGAACGUGAUGAUGAAAAUGCAAUAUACUGGUGCUGGAUUUUUUUGGAUGCAAAUCCACUUUUUAAACUUCUUUUAAUCUUGAUGAUUUUUAUGAUGAAUGUGUUGAUUUGUUAUGUUUCAAUGUGUGAACUGUCCCACUGUGUUUUUAUAGAGUGUCUAGUGUGCCUCCAUGUUACUGGAUUACUUGCUGCUUUUUUUGAAGCAUUCCACUGUGACUGGAAGUUGGCUAAAUGUUGCUGCCUUAAUAAAGAUUAACAUACUGUGACACA